GUUGAGGUCGACUCCCUGAUGUCUCUGCUGCGGAAUUUGCCCGGCCUCGGCUCCUUGAAGCCCUCAUCCUUGCUGCGAUGUCUGCCAGAGAUCUCGGUCCACUUCGUGCCGCCAGGACAGCCGCUCCUGCCGUCGCCGUUCUGGUUUUUCAUUCUGGACGGGUCCUUCGACAUCAUCCGCUUCGUCCCUGCUGAGCCGGCAAUGGACAUCAAGGGUGCGGACGACGCCCUGGGCAUGCCUGACUGUCUCAGAGCUCCACCAGCCAUGCAACGACUCGGCCAACGCCCGUCACAGACGAGCUUCUGGGGCCUCACAGCGCCCGGCCCGGAUCGGGAUGGUUGGCUCCUUGCUGCUGGCAAGGGCGUCACAGUCGCGCGACUGCCUGCCGAGUGUCUGAAGCAGCUGAGCCGAGGUCCAACCUGA